UUACAUCUCGUAGGUUUUUCAGCUAAUGGAACGUGGUAGCUCAAUCUGAUUUGCAAAUUGAAUUAUACUAUCUCCUGCGCGAUUCGAGAGAGAAGAAGUCUCUACAGUGCUUGAGGAUCUGCAAAGAGUACUCAUCUGAGGUUUUUAGCAAUGGUUUUACUACAGUUAGAUCCGUUCCUCAAUGAACUGACGAGCAUGUUCGAGAAAAGCAAAGAGAAAGGUUCUGUGUGGGUUACUUUGAAACGAUCGUCUUUGAAGUCUAAGCUGCAGAAGAGGAAACUGAGCUCUGCUGGAGAGUCCAUUGAGUACAGAUGCCUUAUUCGAGCUACUGAUGCUAAGAAAACCAUUUCUACUUCGGUUGGGGCUAAGGAUCACCAGAGAUUUCAAGCAUCAUAUGCUACCAUUCUUAAGGCUCACAUGACUGCUUUGAAGAAGAGGGAGAGGAAAGACCGCAAGAAAUCCACAGAGGCAGAGAAGAAACAAGGCACCUCGACCACCACUAAACCCAAGAAACUUUGAUUGUGUUCUCACUGGAUUUGCAGUUUGUUGCCUAGAAAUUGAAUUUUGAAAAGAUUUCAGAGAUUUUGAUUUGUCAUUAUACAGAUUUUGGCCUGCGCUUUUUAAAUUAA